UCGAAACUGGAGUAUUUAAUUUUCUUUACAGGAAUGUGUAAAACGAGGAGCAAAAUCAGUGAGAGAACCAUGGCAAGAAUCCGAUGACGAUGGAAAAGUGAUUUUUGCAACAGUACAUACGUAUGGCGAUGUCACUCAUACAUUUGUUGAAAGAAAGGAUUACAAGGGUGUUUUUCUUCCUGGCUACAAGAAACCAAUGGUGGAAGACAAAUUGCUGGCCAAACUUCCGUCAGGUAAACUUUCCUUUGUUGACCAUGCGACUUGCAGCCAACCAGAUGAUGAAUUGGCUCCCGUUGUUAAAUGGUAUGAAAAGAACUUACAGUUUCACCGGUUUUGGUCGAUUGAUGACAAGCAGAUUCUUUCCAAGUAUACCGCCAUGAGGACAGUUGUUGUUACAAAUCACGAAGAAACAAUUAAAAUGCCCAUCCUUGAACCUGCCAUUGGAAUCAAAAAGAGCCAGGUUCAGGAAUACAUUGAUUAUUAUGGUACAGCUGGAAUACAGCACAUUGCACUAAACACAUCAGAUAUUAUAUCAACUGUUGCAAACUUGAAAGAGCGAGGAGUGGUGUUCCUCUCUAUACCAGACAAGUAUUAUGACAAUCUGAGGGAAAGGCUCAAGAAAGCUAGCAUUACUGUUAAAGAAGAUCUGGACAUUCUUCAAAAACUCAACAUUUUAGUGGACUUUGAUGAUCAAGGAUACUUACUACAGAUCUUUACCAAACCCAUGCAAGACAGACCAACUUUGUUCAUUGAAUUAAUCCAAAGGCAUAAUCACAAUGGUUUCGGUGUUGGCAACGUCAAAUCGCUAUUUGAGGCUAUUGAAGCAGAUCAAGCAGAACGUGGCAACUUGUACUGACUUAAAAAAUAUCUUCCUUUUUUGUUUAUGAUAAGGAAAUAAUAAAUUCUUCAUUCAUCUCAAAUUUGCUGGACAGAUGUAUAACGCUGACCACCUCGAGAUAAAGUCCCGCCCGCUCUGUUUGAUUAACGGAAGAGAAUCGGUCGCGAUUUUUAUGCGAGGGCGCAUAGUUUUGAAAUCGGUGGUAAACUAGAUUUAUUUGUAACAGGAUCUAAUGUUUAAAAGUAAUCAGUUGAUUGAUGUCUUUUAGUUAUAAUGUAAUGCAGAAAAAUAAAUGAAACAUAACCAGUC